GUAUUAUGACUACUGUAAACAUUGUCCGGAGUCUGACCUGACUUUAGUCGGACCGACCGUAUCGGUUAUUUGACUACUUGACCAAGCUCAUCUUUGUUUCUACUCUCAUCGACAAAUAUAUGAACGUCGCUAUCAGGUUUCCGCUAUUAAAUUUUCGUUAGAAACGUAAUAAAAGCGUCUACGUUCGCGCAUUCAGACAGGUGGAAGAAAAGAAGAUGGCAUCGGGUUCGUCCGAUUAUACAAGCCCGCCCAUCGCGGGGACAAGGAAGGGGAAGAGGUCGGUGGCUCACAGACAGCCGCAGGGACAAUCAUCUGGUACCGUGCUCACAAAUAGGUCCAAGAACAUGACUGUCAUCACUCCUCUAGAAGAUCGCAAAUCUAUCAUUGCACCGUCACUGUCAAAAGGAACGAGAUGGAUGCAUAGAUCUACAAUUACGAUGGAAAGAAAUCAACAAGCGCCAGAUUUUAUCACAUCAACACAAGAGUCUUACAAUGGCAGCAAAACACUUCCUGGUGCCCGGAGAUCGACUGCUUGUCCAACUCUUCACUCAUCUCAUUUUGACAUUGGUCUCAAUAAAAAGAACUACCACAACACACACUACAAAUCACAGUUUCCUCACCACAAGGUCGAUCAUCCCAACAAGCUUCAUUAUCAAUCCAUUACAAACUGGACGCAGAAUGUGAAAGGCUCUAAGAUGCAUGAUGUGUUGAGCAGAGAAGGUCACUCUGAAGACUACUGGAGCUCAUAUGCUCAUGUCCAUGAUAGAUUGGGAUUAGAGCGUGGCGAAGGAGUCCAGAGAGCUAGACAAUCAUUACCCACCUAUAAUAUACUUACAGGCCAUGAGACCGGAACAAACACAGACAGAGAUCUUCAUCUGAUAUCAGGGAAUCGUGUUCUUCACUCAAUACGCCAAAUCCCUCAGCAAAGCUUGAUACUGGAAUAAUUUUGUGUCGACACCUACAUGUACAUUCAAUUGAUAGAUAGAGUGGAUUCACAAUUAACAGCACCUCCGUCUAGCCGGGACAGGCCAAUUUUCCAGCUCGUGAGUCCACAGCUUUUGCAGCAAAGCGCUAGCCACCAAUCGAAAUGACCGAAGCAGCCGAAACCGUAUAAUGAUUUAAGUGAGAUUUAUUGUUCUCAUAUCAGUGCACAUUUCUUUAUCGAAUUUGGAUGUCAACACCGACCCAUCAAUUUAUUCUGACUGAAAAUUUUGCAUGAGUUUGGACAAAAAAUCAAUAGAAAUUGUCACUUUUGCUAGAUAGAUAGCCCUGUGAAUUGUUAAUCUACGGUAUUCUUUUCAGCAUCCAGGACCUUUGUGAAACUCUUUGAAGGUUCUAUUUGUUGUGUGCCAUUCAUUCACCUUUUAUUGAUCUUACAGAAAUAUACUGCCCACCUGGGAUAGAGUGGCAUUAUUGAACAGUGUAGUGGUUGUUAGAUCUUGGAACAAAUUUAUACUUGGUCACUAUCUUUUCUCUUUUUUUGUUAUUAGUAAGGAUAUUUUUGAUUUGUUCAUAAUAUAGUAAAAAAUGACAUUCAUGAUAUGGAAUCUUAUUUGGAUACCAUAGGAUACCAACACAUCAGGCUGAUUUUAUAUUGAAGUGCUACAUCUUGUGUGUGUUCUUGGUACCUCACCUAUCCGUCCAUGUACUUGAGUAGUAUUCAGAAACAUCACCAAGACAAAAAAGAACACAAAGAGUCUUCCAAAUAUUAAGUAUUUCCAAGAGGCAUAUAUUACAAAUACAAAUAUUACCAAAUUGUCUUUCUGAAACCAGAGUCGUUAUGAGACCUGUUUAUCACCAGGCCCUGGAAGCACCAAGCUUAGUGCCAAAGAGGUUUUUUUAUUUUUUUUUAUUCAUAUUUUAAUUGCUGUUUCCUGACGAGGUUCAGUGACUACUACCAUCUGUACACAGACAUUUCUGUUAAAAUGUCGCCCUCUAUAAAGUGUAGUUGACAAGAGGGGUGAGUUGUUUUGAUAUUCUGAAAUACAGUAGUCUAGGUCAUAUUGUUUGGGGCAUUUAAAUUGUAAAUUUCAAUCAAUCUCAUCUUCAAUGAAUACAUUUUUUUGUUUAGUUCAUGUUUGUUUAAUGGUUGAUAAUUAACUCACACAUGAAAUGGAAGAAAGGUGUGAUAAGCUUUACUGUAUUCAAUCCUGCUUAUUUGAUAAGAACUGUUACUUAGCGUUUAAUUACUUCAGUAAAUAGUUUGAUCACAUUCUAAAUACUGCAAAGAUACAAACAAGAUUAAGAUACUUCUGUGGUACAUGUACUACCAUUCAUAUAUGAGUCAAGUAUUGGAUAUUACAAAAUUAGCUUUUUCCUUUUAUGUUGUAGAUCUUGAACAUUAUCUUUUCGUUCAAGAUAUUACAGUAGUUUAGAUUCAUUGAGAGAAACUGGUCACUACCGGAAGUUCAAAUUUUUAUUUCCAAUCAACUCAAGCAUUUUACAUGUGCA